GCAUUAAACUUAUUACAGUGAAUAUUUGAUGGCAUAGAUAGGGCAAGUCUUUGAAACGCACUAAGCCUUAUUACUCAAGAAAGAGUGUAAUCUUAUUUACAAGUCUGCAUUAAUGCUUGGACACAUGGCUGAAGUGUGCGCAGCUACCUGUAGGCUAUGCUAACAGUCUUCACCAAAAUAAAUUACGUAAAGUGAUAGCUAUUUGCCUCGCUACGUUGAAUGUAAAACUAUUCAACUUUAAGAUGUCUUGCACGGCGCGAGUACUAGCCAGGGUCAUGUGGUCGUUGCGCGUUGGAGUGUGUUGAUGAACGUUUUGGCGCAGCUGUCUGAUUGGCACGCUCUUGUCAACUGCCAGCCUAAAAUACACACACGGAGCGCACUUGAAUCGAACAGGGAGAAGAAGAAGCUGUGGAUAAGUAGCAGCGAUCAACCACAAAGGGUCAAAGGUGAAGAAAGAGAGCGACUAGACGUUUUAAAAAAGGAAACUUUGAUUUAGCCAACCGCAUUACGCACGGAGUGUUAUGACUUUGAACAUGGGAAUAUAAUGCGGGACAUGCUAUUUCUUGUUUGAGGAGUAGAUUGUGCUGGUAGGCUAACUGAUUGUUGAUAACAAUUUCAUUUAUUUAUCAUAUGGGCAUGGUGCCAGUUAAUGGACAGGUAAACAAUGUUACUUUAUGUAGGCCGAACUGAAAAACAACCUUUGUUGUUUGUUUUACAGUUGUUGUCUUGGUUACUUUGAAUCAUUUUCCUAGGCCCUUGAGUGAGUAAUUUCCCCUGGUGUGGUCAUGCAGUGUAAUUUCAGUCUUCAAAUUUUUGAGUGCAGCUGUUAUAUUUCACACUGGCACCAACUGUUCCACUGUGAGGGCAGCUACUGUGCGGCCAGUUGCCUCUACAAGUGGCAUAAGCAUCCUUGUUAUGCUUCUGAUUUGAAAAAUCUAGAAGGUGGAGUUGACUAAGCUGACAACUGGAGGUACUGACAACUACAAAAAUGAAUGAAGGCAUUAGUCCAUUGGAGAGGGAGCAUUCUCUUUCUGUGGUGCUGCCAGGAGGGCUGGAGAAGAACACAAUUGUCCAUGGAAGUAUUUGAUCUUGUAUAGUAAACCAGUCAUGGACUUGCUGGUGACCCUUUGCGCCAGUCACCACCUCAACCCUUCAGAAUACACCGUUGAAGUCCUAUCGCCAAACAAGAAUAAUAUCAGCUUUAAGCCGAACUCACCUAUUGGUUUACUAGAAGCUGAAAAGAUAGUUUUGAAGCCCAGAGCAGGAGAAGGGAAAAUCAGAACACCCUACAUGCCAGAGGCAACUGUACGCCUCUUAAUAAACUACAACAAAUCCCAUAAGGCCGUGGUGCGGGUGAACCCAAGACUGCCCCUGGAAAAGCUGCUGCCGGUGGUGUGUGACAAGUGCGAGUUUGAAGUGGAAAGUACAGUUUUACUGAGAGACUCUGAGUCUAAAGAACCACUGGACCUGAGCAGGACUUUGAAUGAGCACGGCCUGAGAGAGGUGUAUGCCAAAGACACAGCAGCCAAAGAAUGUACUGGACAUCUGCCCCACACUGCAGCAGACGUCACUCCAACCAAGUUUUCCUCAUCUUCCUCACUUCAAGAUCUGACAAAAAAGGAGAAGAAAAAGUCUGACAACCAUGGACUCUUUAGCUUAUUCAGAAAAAAUAGAAAAAAAUCUGAACCGAGUCAUACUGUCAGUGCCCCAACCUCUCCUGGACUCAAGUCAAGAUCAGCUAGCGUUAGCACUCAGGAUGUAGCCUCAUAUAUUAGCCCACCUACAGAUCAGCCAAAGAAGAGACGUGCCCCUCAACCACCCAUGGGUGCAUCCAAUAGCACCCCCAACAAUCUCAGCACAUGCCACUUAACACAGAGGUCUGGUGAUGAUACACUGAGAAGCACCAAAAGGAGAGCUCCACCACCACCAAUUGCAAUCCAUGACCAAGACAAUCACGUAGACACAGCUGAAGAUUCUCUCAAAUCUUUGGAGGAACUGAAAGAGUCUGAGGAACCUGAGUCUGUCAGUCAUCCAUCACUAUCUGCAUCCUCUUCAUCACCUCUUCCACCACCACCAUCUCCAUCAUCUCCAUCAUCUGCUCCUCCUUUCCAUAAGCCCCCAGACUCAGAUCGGCCCUUCAUCCAUGGCAAAGACCUGUCAGACGCACGUACUGCUCUGGCUAAAGUCCUCACAUCUUCUCUAUCCACUGGAGUGCUGGUCAAACGCCUCAAAAACUCCACCGCCAUCCCCAACAUACACAAUGGCACGUCAUGUACAUUAGAAAAUGACACAGAAAUAAAGUCAGCUCUGAAUGUUACAGAUUUACCAACUGAAAAUGAGUUUGAGGACCCCGCAGACAGGAAAGGGUUAACAACAUUUAAAGUGGUGCCUUCUAGGAGAGAAAGUGACGCAGAACCCACCCAGGAUGUCCCAGCGAAAGAGGAGGAGACGGAGGCUGAACUUGAAAAAGCAGAAGAACAACAAGUCAUUCCAGAAACUGACCAAUCGCUGAAAGCGGAAGAUGAUCCUGACCAAUCAGAACGCAGCUCACCCAUAGCUUGUCCAGAUGAGGGGGAGAGCACUUCCUGUUCUCCUCCACUUGACAGUAGUAGUUCAAAUCUAGAGGAGGUUGAGGACAUUGUUGAAACUACAAAACAAAAUGGAGAAACGGUGGUUAAUGAUGACAAAGUGGAAGAAAAGUCAGACCAAUGUCAUGAGACCGAUGAGGGUGAGUUGUAUUUUGGUGAAGAGGAAGUUGAAGAUAGUCAUACAGAAUCAAAUGCAUGUGAGUCCAAAACAUGUGAUGAUAAUGAUGAUAAACAAAAUAUACACGAGGACAAUUUCCCUCCCCCACCUCCUCCAAUUUAUUUCAAAGAAGAUUUGAAUGAAGCCAAAGCGAGCGCGUCUGGCACUGUCACAAAUGAACAUGGGCGCUCCGAUAGUGAGACCCCAAUAAUCACAGCUGGAGAUUCGGAGAAGGUGGUCCCAGCCCCCUCCAUGUUUGCACAGGCCGUAGCUGCGGCAGUGCAGAGGUCCAGGCUUCACAGUACAGGGAAGACCAUAAGUGCACCGGUUCACCAAGAUACACAAGAGGACAACUAGGAAGUACAUUUUAGUAGUUUUAUUUCAAUGAUUGUGUACAUAAACCUGCACAUCUGCCUCUUUUUAGGUGCCUGCAAGAGUCAGACAAGCUCAAGACUGUUUAAAAUUAAGUGAAUAAUAUGUUUUGUAUUCCUGUACUAGACACUUAAUUUAUUCCACACAUUAGUUAUGUUUUCAAGCUGAACUAAAACAUUUUCUGUUGCCAAAGAGGCCAAACUUUCUGUACAGGAACCGCAUGCCUAUAUGAACUUAUGACAUUUUUUGUGUGAUAACUUCUAAGUUCUGCAGUUAAAUAGGUGCUUGAUUCUGUGUGGUUAUGUUAUAUCGAGGUACAUACUUAACCUUAUCAGAUAUGCAGUGUAGAAUUUUAAGUGUGAUCGUUUUCUUUACCAGCAGGUGGCACUAGAGCUCUGUUUGUGAAGCUUGUGACUGUUGUGUCCUUUAUUAUCGGUCUAUACAUAAUCUAACUGAAAUUAUGAAGUUAAAUGUCUAAAUUAUGACAUAAUGUGGAAGUUGUUUCAGGACUUAUUUAUUACUAUAUUUACUUAAAUAGACUUCCCCCUGUGACAUUGUCUUAAAUCACUACGAUGACAAUGUACACAAUAAAAAUAUAUCUAAACA